AUGUCGGGACAGGUGAACAAGAUCUUCCUGAUUUUCCAGACAUUAAAUGGUAUUCAGAACAUGUGCAAAUGUAGAAAUACAGAAUGCUGUCGUCCAAGAAGUGGCCUAUUUAGAUUACUAGACAAUAGGUUUCUUCCACCACCUGUAAAAGUAAAACAAACAGUUGAUGACUUGGUUUUGGAUGAAGGAGGGCAAUUUCUUAAUCUUCCAGUCAAUUUAGCUCUAUGCUUAAGUGCUUAA